AUGCAUUUCGUUUCAGUCGGUUUCGAGCCGCUUGCACAUGCCGAUCGAAUACAUCACAUAUUGCUUUAUGGAUGUGCCGAACCGGCACGUCCUAAUGCAUUUUGGAAAGGAGGCGAUACAUGCGGUGUUGGUGCAACGCAUAUCCUCUAUGCUUGGGCAAGAAAUGGUAAGAAAGAGAAUUGUGAAAAGCAGGGUAAUGGAAAGGUUAAGGUUGGUCUUUUCAGCACCGAGUCUUGUGCUACCGAAUAA